AUGAAGAUCUGGGCGCUCGCGCUGUCCUCGAAAAAUGCUUAUGGCGCUCCAGCUAAGCGACAGGGAUCAGCAGCGCUCAUGCGUUUCGAAUGCUCACAACUCGUCAUCGAGCGCAUUGACCCACUCGUCCAACCAGGAAUGACGCCCGCCGCACACGUCCAUCAGGUUGCUGGAGGAAAUUCAUUCAACGCGACUAUGCCAGCUGGCAGCUUUGAUCCUGCAGCGGCUUCGACUUGUACCUCGUGCACCUACUCUGAAGACUUCUCGAACUACUGGACGGCGAGCCUGUACUUCAAGGCUCGCAAUGGAUCAUUCAAGCGUGUGCCACAGUUGACCAACUUGGGUCUUAAGGGAAAGAAUGGUGGCUUGACGGUUUACUACAACUCGGCAUAUGACGGAAAGACCAAGCUCACCGCUUUCAAGCCUGGUUUCCGUAUGCUCGUUGGUGAUGCUUCACUCCGAAAAUCCCAAGGUGGUCAGAAACAGCUUUGCCAUCGCUGUGAAGCAAACGUUGCGCAGAACCCCUUUGGUGGCGCACCCUGCACGGGCGACGAUACUUUCACCCUACCAAACAAGCAAUGUGGUGGCGGUAUUCGAGCAACUAUUACCUUCCCAACAUGCUGGGACGGGAAGAAUCUCGACUCUCCCGAUCACAAGUCGCACAUGGCGUACCCAAGCAGUGGAAGUUUCGAAUCUUCUGGACCCUGCCCUUCUACUCACCCAGUCAAGAUGCCUCAGGUCAUGUACGAGGUAAUGUGGGACACUCGACCGUUCAAUGACAAGAGCAUCUGGCCUACAGAUGGGACGCAGCCAUUCGUCUACAGCAUGGGUGACGGCACUGGAUACGGAUGGCACGGUGACUACCUCUUCGGGUGGAAGGGGAAUGCCUUGCAGGUUGCCCUUGACGAACGAUGCGCCGGCGAUGCAUGCAAGGGGUUGAAGACACAAACUGCUGCCGAGGCCAACAAGUGCAUGAAGCAAUCGCAAGUUUCUGGAGAGGAGACCGAAGGAUGGCUCCCUUCCCUUCCGGGCGGCAUGCCAGUUACCUAUCAGUGA